UCACGUUACUUGUUUUUCUAUAUGCGUGUAUUAUGGAAGAGGACAUAGACGAACUCUUAGAAGAAGUAGAAAAUAAGUUCAUACACAAAAAUUACGAAGAGAGGCCCAUAAAACUUCUGACAGCAAGUCUUGUCUCAUCUCAGUCAUCAUUCAGAUGCGACUCCUUAGACUGUGACGACAUUCUCCGGGAUGUGGAAGAUAACGCUGAUUCCAAGCCCGUGGUUACAACAAAUUUAAGAUGCGACAACAAAAUUGGGAAUGCAAAACUCAGAUGCUUCCCUGUCUAUCUCGGAGGCAGCGAUUCUACCAGUGGCUGUUCAGCCAUAGGGACACCAAGGUCCUGCAGUAACCUCCACUGCAUCUCGUGUGACUUUGCUGUGUACACAUUUGAUAAUUUCCAAUGGCUGUCAGACACAGACUAUUUAUUCUUGAGGACUAACAUGCCAGAGUUUGAGCGAGUACGGGAUCACUUGCUCCCGUCAGAAGGGUGCCGAGCUUAUGCCUGCCAAUGUUGUCAUUACUCUACUUCCGUUACGAAACAAGCUGCAAGCGUACCGGCGCUGUCCUGGGUCUGCAGAAGUCACUCAAGUCAGUCUGCAGGAUCACUCUAAACCUCCGCGGCAACUGCGCAAGCCUCGGACAGCCAGUCAAAUACUAUAUACAUUAUAGAAACUGUUCUGUCAUGAACUGAAUGAAAUAUUGUGCAUGUGGGUUAUGCAUGACUGGAAAAGUUAUCAACAACCAUGUUAUAUGGUGCUACUGCCAUUAGGCAGCUUCUAAAAGUAGGUCUAAAGGAGAUAAAGGUACAAAAGAUGGUAAAAGUUGAAAAUACAAAAAAAUAAGUAAAGAACAUGAAAUUAUCCCCAAUGAAUUUCAAAUGGCUCUUUCCACUAGUAGAUGAUAAUGGAGUGAUCUGAAUACUAUAAUUGAAGAAAUUAAGUAUUUAAAGUAACACCUCCCAGAUCAACUGAUGCAUCUUAAUGUUAUUUUCUCAUCUCUUUCUUUGUUUUCCAAAAUUCUGUAGACAUUUUUGUCUUUGUCUGAACUACAUUUUCAGCCAAUCAUAACUUCCCUGAUUCUGCUUGGUGGCUUGUCACUUCAUUUGGCGACACUCUAAGUGGCCCACUCACUUCAUCACCAAAUCAAUAACAAUAAAAUAUCACUACAUUAAUUUUAAAUCCUACAAUGUCCAGAAUAAUCAUUUAAAAAUCCUUCACAUAAUGCUUCAGACUUCAAUUAACUUAACUUUACCGUUCAAGUGACUUUCACCAAAAUGUCAAAACAAGUGUAACACCAUAAUAAUCAAUAACACACAUUAAAUACCUUCAUCCAAAUCAGAGAUUUGUUUGGGAUUCAGUCUAUGUAAAAUUGUAGAAUUUGAGGUUUUCACGGCAGAGUCUGAAGAGGGCUAUCUUCUGGGUUGUUGCGCAGUGUAGUCUGGUAGAAGUUUACCGACGUUUCAGAGGUCCUUGCAAUCAUUGCCCUGAUGAUGAAGGCAGCAAGGACCCCUGAAAUGUCAGUAAACUUCUACCAGACUACACGGCGCAACAACCCAGAAGAUAGCCAUCUUCUAUUUAAAAUUCUAAAUGGAAUGUCAUUAUAAUGAACAAUAUGUCUGUGCAAGAAAUGUUUCUCGCACAUGAUUUAAAUGAAGGUAUAAGAACAAGACAGUACUAAGCAUCAUUUUAUUAUUUUGAAUGAAUUAACACAAAACGUUUGAGAUACAUUACAGAAAGCAAGUACAUGUGAAAACUUUGCUUGCUGCGUCUCAUUAAAAUUCUGCUAUAGCAUCAAUAAUUAUUGAUUUAUUGAAUAAUUAUAAUAUCUGUCAUUCAGUUGGUGAAGAUAUCACAUCAGACUACUAAAACUGUAUUAAUUAAAGCCAUCCUUCUGUAACUACUGCUCUUAUGACAUGAGUACCAAUGACGACUUCAUGCCUACUAUUACUGUAUGUCACAUUAAAUAUAAUGUAUUCACUUUGUGUAAACAUUUUAUUGAUUUAAAUAAACACUGUUAUACUUUGUAUGCAUCACUAAACUUCAA